CACCGGUCUCCACUUCACAACUCUGAGGUUGCCCCACAUGAUUAAAAUAUACUUCCUGGUCUUUUUUUCCUAGUUUUCAUUGAUAUCGUGAAGCGAGGUCGUAAAUCCGUUCUUGCUAGAAAUUUCUUGGUUUUGCUCCUUUGCGCUGGGUGCGUCCACUUGUUUACCUGUCCGCAUUCAAGAGCAGGAGACACUAUAAGAAGACGGAGCACAUAUCAGUCCGUCUGUCUGUCUGAAUAUCUACCUAACUGUCCGUUUGUCAGAUAUCCAACCUGUCUCAUUGUGUCGAUCCACCCGUCCAGCCGUCCUUCUGUGCUCCUGUGUACACGCUCUCAUGCCAACUGCGGAUUUAUUUUUAUAAUAUCUGAACACAAGGCAGGCAGAAUGUUCACACCUCGAGACGGUUAUUUGAUUGAGCUCCCGCCAGACAAAUCUCAAGCAGAGUACUUCCCCGGGGAAAUCAUUCGAGGACGUGUCUACAUUCGAUGGGACCCUUCAUUUCCAGUUCCAGUCUUUCAGAUGCAGCUGAAGGGUCAGGCCAAAGUUGUGUUAGGCGGGUACAAAAGAAAACUGUGCCACCGGGAAGAGAUCCUGAAGACCCGCCAGGCCGUCAAGAACAUGAGGAGACCUACACAGCUUCCCGUGCUACCAUCAAACACCAACGUGUAUGAAUUCGAGUUUCUUCUGCCACAUGAUUCGCCCCCGUCGUUUACUAGCCCCAGGGGCAAUAAAGGUCGCCUCAAGUACCGCCUAGAGCUGAUAAAAGCCGAACCACAUUAUGACCAUAUCUAUCAAGCCAUUGACAUCACUGUCAAACCUUUCCAGCCUCUUGCAGGAAAUCUGGUUGCUAUGCUGCCGGCGUUACAAGAACAGCAACAGGCUCGUCACUACUUCUGCUGCGGCGCCGACAGGCGUAUCGAGGUUCGCGCCCUCUUGACUCAUGUCGGAGUUCACUGUGGUGAGGUCAUCCCUUUCCGGGCCUUCAUCACUAACCAUUCUAAGUACUCCACCAUAUCUUCUCACGUCGUUUUGAAAAGGCGGUGGAUGUGGUAUUCUAUUGGUGUGACGACUAAUGGCAGCGAGAGAGUUUCGACUUUCAACAAAGUGUACCGUGGUGCGAUUCCACCCGGCGGCAGCAUGAGGUGGGAUCCAAGUGACUAUCCUCUGCUGUUGCCUAGCGACCUGUUUCCCAGCGGCCCUUCUGGGUGCGCCAUAAUGAGAGUCUCAUACGAGCUAGUGUUUACUGUCGUCCCGGGAGGAAUGGUUCGGAACAUGAAGCUCCGGUUGCCGAUAAUCGUGGGCACCGAUGUGUCACCACAUGUCAGGGCAUCCAUGGAGAGAAACACAGCCGCCAGUGCCGCAUCAGUCAGAGAGGCAGUGAUGUUACACCUGCAAAGAAACGCUGUGACAGAGAGACCAGCGGUGGAUGAAGUUCCACCUGAACAGGACAGACCUGGAUUGCACGAAAUGUCACCAAUACACUUAUAAUUAAUAUUGCACAGAACCUUUGAUACAUGCAUAAGAUCCAGAAGUUUCAGAAGGUGAACAGUCCUCAUCUACAUUUUUAUAAACGAUACUUAAACGUUUGAAAACAAGAACUUUUCUCUUGGAUUGGACACUCUCACUUCUGCCGAAUGACUUGCUUGGUCUUUGCUUAUUCCCCUUUCUUCUGUUUCCUAUAAGAAUUCAAGAAUUGACACCACUAGCAUCACCGUCGGCACCAGACACUGGGAGUCUGUUGAGAAGACAGUGUGUUGAAUAGAGUUUGUUCUAUUCUGGACAUGAUGCUAACUUUAAUUGGUCAGAAACUCUUGGGAAGGAACCUUUGUCCUCCAUUUAUUAGACAGCAUGAGAGAGUGUGGUCUACUCGACCACAGCUUGUGAUGACUGGCGUCCUAGGUGAUGCUAACCUUUGUUAUUGUUUAUUCUGCAUUAUUUUAGCUAUUGGCAAUUCAUGACUAAAACAUAUUUUACUGUGGUUAAGCCAAGGAGGUAAACGGCUUGCCAUUUAAGUCUUUUGUCAUAUUUCUUUCCCAUGGCAAUUUUAAAAUGUAUUGUAGCAACAGACAUUAUUAAUAACGCCAGAACCUGAAAUAGAUUUUGUAUCAGGAGAUAAUACUAUUGCUUAUAAUAAUAAUAAUAAUAAUAAUAAUAAUAAUAAUAAUAAUAAUAAUAAUAAUAAUAAUAAUAAUAAUAACUCAUUUUUUAAAUUUCAUCAGCACCAUUCUGUGACUUAAUGCGAAGUUGCCCCAUUACUCUAUCAGGCUAAGUAAAAAGAAACUUUCUAUUAGUCUGGAGAUUAGAGUUGUGAGGUAAUAAUGAGACAUUUGGGAUGCACGUUAAUUGAACGAUCAUUUCUUUUGAAUUGUGUAUACUGUUACGUGUCAAGAUCACCCCAUUUUUUAUAAUUAAAUUAAGAAAGGUCCUGCAAAGAG